AUGCGCCGAGUAAGAAACCUCGUCAAGUCGCUAUUUCUGAUAGCCUACUUGGCGCUUAUAGUGCUCACGGUGCCACUAGCGUUCGACCUAGGUGGCGUUGACUGUGGCCUCACAUACUCCCUCACCAUCCUACUGUUAUAUUUCAUCUUGACAUCCAUACGCCUUUUGGCCCGUCGUUAUGCUGUGCUCAAGCUCCUUGUGCCCUUGUAUUACGCUCAGCAUGUCUUUCUACCGAGCAUCUUGAUGUACGUGAUUCUGUGGUGCCAGAAUGAGCGCCAUUUCACCGUUGUGGCCAUAUGGCGCUAUAUUUUGGUGCAUCUGACCCCAGUCUUCACCAUAGCCGAGGGCUUCUGCUCCUUGCUUUUGCUUCAGGCGGUGUCGCAGACGUUGCAGUGGCUCACGUUGUACAAGUCUGACAGCUGGCUCUUUGUAUCCUUGAUCGGUUCGGGCUUCACCAUUACAGGAGCAUUGUACUUUUUGUACAGAAUUUACGUCUUGCCCUUCACCAUUGAAUUGGGCUCCGCAUCGCUCCUUGGGUCCUUCCUCACAUUGACUGUCGGCCUUGGCUUCUACGGCAUCGUUCUGGGUAAAGGUUCCAUGAUCGAGUCCUCCUUGUUGUUUGCCUACAUUGUUCGCUGCAUUUAUGAGAUGUUCCCGCUUCUCUCCGACAACGCCGCCGAGACACUUACCCACUUGUUCACGCAAACGAAGAUUAACUUGCAAAACGAGAUCCCCAGACUUCCUCCGCCCCUCACCAACACCAUCCUGGCGGUGCUUCCGUUCUUGGCCCACAACUUGCCUGGUUCCUUCAAGACCAUUUGGGAUUUCUUUCUUUCCCUGGCCGAGAAACUCACCUUGCCACUUGUAGUCAACUUGGCCUAUCGCAUUGGCGUGUUUUACGCCGCCACAAAGAUCAUUCCGUCUUUGUAUCAUAGGCUACCCUAUUCGCCGCCUAGAACACCGCCCCAUAUUGGCUCUCGCCUGUCAUCGCUGAGCUCCAUCUCACCCAUCUCCCUGCAGCAAGAGGAGAAGCGCAAGGUGCCCCGUCUCAACAGACCUAGAUCGGCGCCUUCUACCACCAUCAGCUUGAUUUACGCUUAUUCUCCAUGCAUCAUCAUCGCAGUUUACACUCACAUGAUGCUUCUGUACAAUGGCGAGCUCGGAACCGAGCUUAAGCUUUGGGGCUGGUGGGCUAGUGCUCCCAAAGAUAUGGUGAUCAUUGUUCAUCCUUGGCAAUUCUGGAAUUGGGUCAAGAUGGGCACUACACUUUUGCUUUACAUGGCUGAAUUGUCUGGCGACUCUAGCUCUGCUAUGACCAGCCAUUGGCAGGUUGACUAA